AUGGCAAUAUCUCGAUUAAGCAUCGGCGGUGGGCAUCUAGCAAUAGAGCAUGUGAAAGGAGAUGGAAAGCACACAAGCCAUGUCCAGGUUGGAGAUAUCUGGAGAUCUAUUCAGGGUGGUGAUGAUUGGAAUGGCAUGGUUGACCCCAUUAACCCACUUCUCAAAGCAGAGAUACUCAGGUAUGGUGAUUUUGCACAACAGUGCUAUGAUUCAUUUGACAACAUUUAUUCUUCAAAAUAUAUGGAAAUUCUAAGCGCAGCAAAAGUUCGCUGGGGCGUAGACUGGAAUUGCUCAGAAGUGGGCGUGGUUAUCAGCGGUGCUUGGAUGGGAUAUAUUGCUGUUUGCACAGACCCAAAGGAGAUAAAGAGAUUGGGAAGACGGGAUAUAGUUGUUGCAUGGAGGGGAACUGAAACACCUCAAGAAUGGAUGCAAAAUAUGAAGGAUAUAUUAGUCCCUGACUCUGUGAGAUCCAGUGCAAGAGAUAUUGUGGUGACCGAAAUAACAAGGUUAUUGAAUGAGUACAAAGAUGAAGAAGAUGUGAGCAUAACUUUCACUGGACAUAGUUUGGGAGCUGCGUUAACAACUCUAAGUGCAUAUGAUAUUAAACAGAUUAUCAUGAAAGAAAAUGAUAGGAAAUCAAUCCCUGUCACAGUUUUUGCCUUUGCUUCUCCACGUGUAGGAAACCUAGCUUUUUCCCAACAUUUGCAGGAGAUCGGCGUUAAGGUGGUGCGCUUGGUAAAUACAUGGGACGUCGUUCCCAAAGUUCCUGGAGUUUUUCUUAACGAGAACAUGGGAAGGCUUACCAGAUUCCUGCAUUGGCUUCCAUGGACAUAUGUUCGUGUGGGAAUCCCCAUUACUUUGGACAGUAGCAGCUCUCCAGUGCUGAAGCAAUCGUAUAAUCCAGCCAGCUUCCACAAUUUAGAGGUUUAUCUGCACUUGCUUGAUGGGUAUCAGGGAUAUAACAAGCUGCCUUUCAAACCAUCUGGAAGAGAUCCAGCUUUGGUGAACAAGUACUCCGACUUGCUUAUUGAAAAGCUUCAAAUCCCUUCUAAGUGGUGGGUAAGGAGGAAUAAAGAGAUUGUAAAACGGAUAGACGGGUUAUUGGUAUACUCUCCUACGACUCCCACUCAUGUUCCCCUAACUCGUCGUCUCCUCUAUAUGCGCCCAGUGAUUCCAAUUCACUGA